CGCCGGAACGCGGUUACCUGGCCUGUGAGAAGAGCCCGGGUGAUCAGUGCAAUGUUGCUCUGGUCACCUCAUAUCACCCCGCCGUCCCAGCACAGUUAUGGUCGCAAUCUUGCAUCGUCGCUAAUUGCCUUGCAGCGCAGCUUCAUCAAUGAUGUUCCGGUCCAGAACACACCGGUUUACCCAGCCCGGGCCCGGCCUGACCUGGCUGCUCUCCCGCUCACCGUCUAUUAUGAUAAUUAACGGGCCUGUACACCUCGAGCCAAUUUGAGUCGGGGAUCCGAUCAGCCGUUCUCUGGCCCCCGUCGUUUCCGCACGUUAUUAUACAGAUAAUCACAACCGCUAUGAAACCCACCUUGUUCGCCCUAGUGCUGGGCCUCGGCGCUUCCGGGGCCCUUGCUGCGAACUUUGCGGAUUCCUGCGAUGCCAAGUCGAUCAAGGUCAGCGGCAAGACGCUGAGGGCGAACUGCAAGAACAUCUUUGGGCAAUCCACGUGUUCCAAGCUUAACUUGAACAAGUGCAUCAAGAACGUCAAUGGCAGGCUGCAGGCGGACCCCUCUGGGGCUGGGCCGCACUUUGAUGACCAAUGCGUCAAAUGCACCAACAGCAAUCCGGGCAACGGCUUGAUUAUUGGCGAGCAGCCGUCGAUCAUCUACUGCAAGUGCAAUCCCGGCCCGGGCGCUGCCCAGGCCGACUGGCCUACGGCUAUAUUUGAUCUCAGUGCGUCCGCCUCCAUGAACUCGACGAUAUUUUGCGAGGAGUGACUGACGGUUGUCAUUGAUAAUCAUCAUCAGACACUAUUGUCGACAACGGUAACGGGGCGCUGGGGUGCUACAAGACCAAGAGCACGAGUUGCUAAGUCUGAAUAUGUC